CGCGUGUGACGGGAAUGAGCACACUUCUCACUUGGUAAGCGGUACCUCGCCACAUUAAAAAAUACAACAAUGUAUUCAAACAUGUGUGUGAAGAUCGCUCUGUGCCUGGCUCUGAUCGUCAGCAUCGACGGCUACGUGUUGAAGCACCGCUCCGUGCCUCUGUCACCAGAAGGCCUCAUCCUCGAGGUAGCAGUGAGAGACAAGAACGACCCACGUCACCCUAUUUCUGCAAUGAAGAUUGACAUUAAUGAGAAGGACAAAAAAGUCGAUGUGUCUUCUGUUGAACUUUCUACAGAAGGAACAAAUUCUGGUGAUGUUCCUCAGAAUGUACCAACUUUGGAAGAUCGCGUAUCUAUCAUUGGGGGAGGGUGUCCGCAAGACACGACUAGUGUCGGUGGAUUUUGCUUCCCUACAGACGAUGCUUAAGCGACUCAAUCUCCGACGACUAUUCAACGACGCAGCAUAAUGAUUGAUGAUUGUGAUAUUGUUAAAUAAAUUAUUUAUUUUAUAUAA